CCACGUGCGGGAUUGCUGUCAAUCCAGGUUUUCCAAACGAACCGCUGCCAGCAAGAAGCAUUUCUCCGCAAUGACGAAUUGGAAGGUCACAUUCUACUACGCAAACAGCUUCUUCAUGUGAGUACAAGAGCCGCGUCAGCCUCGUUUCGAAUCCAUCAGCCACUUCUGCACUGCAUCAACUGCUCCACACAGGCAUCCGCCUGCUCGUGUCUCUAGCCACGCGCGAUCGACUUCACACUGGUCCAGGACAAUAGCGAAUACCUCAAAAUGCCGCUCUUCAGUCGUCGCAAUCAACCGGCAGACGCAAAUACCGCCACUGCAGUCGGCGGCAACCACGAGAAGCAUUCUGGUCGUCGAGCCGCUCGCAACGAUUAUGGCGAAGCCACUCUCAACAGCAGACCAUCAUUCGGCCAAUGGGUCAAGAUGACUUGGCCUGACCUCUUGACCAUGGUCGUGAUGGGCGCAGUUGGCCUGGGCGUGUACGAAGCACCACCAGCUCCAUCCAGAUCGUUCCCAGUCACGUUCGCAGAUGGCGAAGUGGUCUACCCCCAAUUCGCCUACCCCUCCCGCCCAGAAAUCAUCCCCAUCUGGGCCGCCGCCCUCCUCGCCUCCCUCGUCCCCAUCACAAUCUUCCUCAUCAUGCAAAUCCGCAUCCGCUCCUUCUGGGACCUCAACAACGCCGUAAUCGGUCUCCUCUACUCCCUCAUCACAGCCGCAGUCUUCCAAGUCUUCGUCAAAUGGCUCAUCGGCGGUCUUCGACCCCACUUCCUCGCCGUCUGCCAACCCGCUCAAACGCUCAUCAACGGCGCAAAUUCCGGAAACGGUUUCACGAAUAUCAUGUACGAUCGCAAAAUCUGCACGGGCGACGAACAUGAAAUCAAUGAUGCGCUGGAAUCUAUGCCGUCGGGACAUACGACUGCGGCGUUUGCGGGGUUUGUGUUUUUGUACCUUUACUUGAAUGCGAAACUUAAGGUCUGGAGCAAUUAUCACCCGGCAAUGUGGAAGCUCAUUGCCACAUACGCGCCUAUUCUCGGAGCGUGUUUGAUCGGCGGAGCUCUUACGAUUGAUGAGUUCCACAACUGGUACGAUGUUUUUGCUGGAGCGGUUAUUGGAACUGUCUUUGCUUUCUCAUCGUACAGAAUGGUGUAUGCGAGUGUCUGGGAUUUCAGAUUCAAUCAUGUGCCUCUGAGCAGACAUGUGCCAUUUACAUUCUCGAACUCUUUGGGACCUUUCGGUGGAUUCCACGACGCGAUGUGGACGAGACAGGUUGGGUGGGGACAAGGCGGUGCUGCGGGAUUGGGUGGUGCGCCAUUUGAUGUUUCGAGUGAUGGGGCUUUUGGUCCUGGUGUCGGAGCUGCUGGUGGUCUUGGAGAUGGUGGACAUCAUCACUCGGGCAUCGCGCGCAAGCCGAUUGGAGGUGGUUCUCCUAGAAGGGGCGAGCAAAUGGUCUGAGUGAGCGAUUGUUAGCGGGUGAACUGCAGCUUUGCAUAUGCUGCGAGGUCACGGUGACGAUGGAAGAGUAGCGACAGUUCGACUACUCUGAGAUACCCAGAUACGAAUGUAA